UGUGUUUAGGGUUUACAGCCUUACAGGUAGACGACGAUCCGCCCCGACUCCAAAUUUCAAUCUUCAUAUGGUGUUUGGUUUGGGUUACUGGUGAGCCUUCUCCGUACUGCGAAGUCCUGAUAAAAGGGGAUAAUGGCGACGAGUUCUUUUAACGGCAACAUGAAGAAAGCACUUGCUGGUCUGAGACGAAUCAAUUUGGAAGGCUUGCGAUGGCGAGUAUUUGAUGCCAAAGGCCAGGUUCUUGGGAGGUUAGCAUCUCAAAUUUCUACUGUGAUUCAAGGCAAGGAUAAGCCAACAUACGCACCAAAUCGUGAAGAUGGGGAUAUGUGCAUCGUUCUUAAUGCAAAGGAUAUCUCUGUCACAGGAAGGAAACUUACUAAUAAGUUUUAUCGUUGGCAUACCGGGUAUAUAGGUCACUUGAAAGAAAGGAGUUUAAAGGAUCAGUUAGCAAAGGAUCCUACAGAAGUCAUACGCAAAGCAGUCUUGCGCAUGCUUCCAAGAAACAAAUUGCGUGAUGAUAGAGAUCGAAAACUAAGGAUAUUUGCUGAUGAUGAGCACCCUUUCAAUGACAGGCCUCUUGAACCUUAUGUGAUGCCGCCUCGGCAAGUACGAGAAAUGCGGCCCCGUGCAAGACGAGCCACAAUUCGGGCUCAGAAGAAGGCUGAACAGCAACAGCAGGGAGCUACUGAUACAAGAAAAAAGAGAAAGAAGGAAGUUGAGCCGGAAGUGAGUGUAUGAGGAGUGCAAGUCAUCUCUGAUUUGACAUAUAAAUCAAGCUUGAUGCAGGCAUAGCAUUCUUACAUGCUGAAUGCUUGGACUUUCCAUGGUCAUCAGGGAAAUGGUACUGAUUUGUUGUAGUUCCCUCCAUUAGAAUCUCUUAAGUCAUUAUCAUAACGGGGCCUUUCGUUUCCAGAAAAGGCUUUUGCUUGGGCUGAAUUCAGUUUUUAAAACUUGUUUUGGUUGGCUAUACAGUUUAUUUCAAACACAGGAGGAAAACUUAGUUUAACAGGAGCUGUAUGUUCAAAAUGGUAAGAGGAGGUGAUCUUGUAUCUAGAAAUCAUGAGCCCUUGACUUCAUAGCCUCCAUCCAUGUUCACUCCUCUGGUUUGGGGGGCUGCUAAAAAGAUCCUGGUAACAUUUUAUCUCUUAGAUUGCAGCAGUGAAGGAAGAUCAAACUCGAACAACUUCAUCAAAAGAUCCAAAACUUAAUAAUGUGGAUGAACACUGAUAAUAAAAUCUACAGCUUCUGAUUUUAUCCACCAUCCGGCUUCUUUUGAUAUAGGAGGAAAAUAUUCUCUUCCAUCACAGGCUUUUCUGUACACCUUGCGAUCUUAUCAGUUGUUGAUUUUUGUGUCAUUAUUGUAUUGAAUCUGAUAUAUCAUACAUUUCAAGGGUCCUGUCGAUUGUUCUUGAUUUUAAGCUA